AUCUACCCUUGCUGGCUUUUAAAACAUGCAAAUACUUUCUGAAAAUAUGCUUGCAUUUUAUAACCUAAUUCCUCUGAGGUUCCUUGUGAGGAACUUGUCAUUUUCACUUCUUCCUCAAUGCAGGAGCAGCAACUGUACUUUGCGGACCUAAGUAGUUGUGUAAAAGUGCUUGCUAAAAUUUAACUAGGCCUUGAAUUUGGAUUCUAUUUGCUACAAAACAUUACCCUUGGAAGAAGGAAAGAACAACAAAACUUUGCUCAGGCUUCAAAGUGCACAGUGCACAAGGUGCAUCUUUGUCAGCAAUGACAAAAUGGUCAUGUUCCUUAACAGAUAAACAUUUGGGAGCCUUGUAGUGUGUAUACAAAGUGUUUUGUCUGAGCUGAAUAGGAAGCCUGUGACAUUCCUUGCAGCAUGAGGCCUGACGGUGCCACUCAUGGGCUACAGGAAAGGAUUUGUAAGAGUGAUGAGGCACUGGCACAGGUCGCCUAGAGAGGUGGUGGAUGCCCCACACCUGGAGAUACUCAAGGUCAGGCUGGAUGGCGUGGUGAGCAACCUGAUGCAGCUGUAGGUGCUCCCGUUCGCUGCAGGAGAAUUGGACAAAAUGACCUUCAAAGAUCCCUUUCAACUCAAAUUUUAUGGUUCUGCGAUGUCUGGCUCUUUAGGUUAUGCCGCUUUCCUUUCGGUGUUUAACUAACCACCUGGCUUUAAAAGGGGAAGAAUUACUAAGUGUUUGAGUGCUUUCUUCACCAGACAACAAAACGUGGACGUGCUCCACAAACCGCUCCCCGCGGCUCAGCAGAACCCGGCGCCAACACCCCGCGCAGCGUAACACGGCGGGGCCGCCCCUACGCGCGGCCGUUGCUCGCACCCCCUCGCGCCCUCACCGCCACGCGACAGCCCUCGCGCCGGCCGCGCCUCAAGCUCCAGCCCCGGUGCCGAGUCACGUGAGCGGGGCUUCGCCCGCCCCCCUACCCUUGCGUCGUGACGUAACGCGGCGAAUCUACGGCGCGCCACUUGUGACCAAGAUCACCACAAGCGGAGGCGGACGGCUCCCCCCGUGCGGUACUAAGCCAAAUGAUCUACAGUUGACAAUACCCAUGUUAAAAAUGGAUGAGGAGGAUAAUCAGAGGAGAGAUGAUGCUGAUGAGAUUUUACAAAAUAAGUUGAGAAAGGACUCCCUGAGAAAUGCAUUAGGAGACAACACUGAAUGUGACUCUUUGUCUCAGCAGGGAACAAGGUUAAUAUCAGAUGAAGUUUUCAGGAACCUUGAGAAGAAAAGAAAAGAGAAUGGCACAAACAAAAGGGCAUGGUCAGGAUCACCAAACUCGGACACUGUUGAAGCAGAGGGACCUGAAAAUACCUCCAGAAAGAGAAAGCUGAUGUCUUCUGCCAAUGAGAAAGACAGUGACAGGAAGUUGCACAAAGUUCUAGCUGAAGAAGAAGGUAGCGUAGAAGCUGGAGUUGUAAAAAUUGAAGGAGUCACUGGCUGUCAUGAUGAUAAUGUAUAUAAUUCACAUUUCACGUGCCCACAUUGUGAUUUCAAGUGUGCUGAUGGUGCCAUACUGAAAACUCACAAGGAAACUAAACAUUCUCUUGAGGAUUCAGCUGCUGUUCCUGAAAAGUUACCUUCUUCAGAAGAAAUCAGCGUUGACUGUGGAGUUGAAAACAUGGACAAAGAUCUUAAAGGCAAAACACAUGAUCAGUUUCUAUCAUCCUGCUCUGAUUUAGAAAAGCAUAUACAAGAAAGCCACUCUCAACAAUCCAAAGAGCAAACAUGCCCUCAGUGUAGUUGCACAACUAAAUGUAAUUCAACAUUACCUACACACGCUAAGCAAGAUCAUGAGAAUUCCAAGGUAUUUUCUUGCGAUCUUUGUGGUUUUCAGAGUGCUGAGGAAAAUCUCCUAAAUUCUCAUUUCCUUGGCAAGACACACCUUCGACGCCAAAAUCUUGCUGCACGGGGAGGAUUUGUACAAAUACUGACCAAAAAAUCCUUUAAAAAACGGCAGUCUACUGUAACCAGAGAGAAGAAUGUGAGAGCAAGACCUGGAAGCAGUAAAUUAAAUGCAAGGACUGCUGAUGCAAAAGAAUUAAAUGUUUGCAGUGUGUUGGAAGACUCAAAUGUAAGCUUGUCUAAACAAAAUGAUGGCACUGAACUUCUUGGCGAAAUGAUAACAUCUACAAAUUUUCCUGCUGAAAAAACAGAUAGUAUGAUAGGAAAGCUGCUUUCUUCCAGUGUGGAAGGAGAUAAUGAAGGUCAUACUGGAAAACUAGAAAUACCUGGACCCUCAGAUUUCUUGCAGAAUUCAGAAUUCCCUCCAAUUACCAGAAGGCUAGUUAGCAGUUUAAAUGUGACAAAGAGAUCUGAUAGACUGGAACAUAAAAGAAAUAUUGUAUUGCUAAGGGCUCCUUUUGUAGGAAAUAGGUCUUUUAGAUUGAAAAGGCAAGUUAAAAGAAGGUACAAUUUGUUGGGUAAGAAAAACAAGUCUGAAACUCGAAGAGCAUACAUGAAACAUAUCUGCAGCACACAGCUUAAACCUAGUGAUUCAAGCCCUACAUCACAUACAGAACUAGAAACAAAUGAUAAGAGUCUUUGUAAUACUGCUUCAGAAAUUCAAGAUCUUACUCAAGUGAAGCCAAAUACUGUUUCUUCUAGCACUACAAAUACUAAAAAUUCUGAAGUUGAACUUAUUGCAAAUCCUAGUGUUCAUCACACUUGCAUUGACUGUGGUCAUGUCUUUCAGAACAAAGAAAGUUUGGAAAUUCAUGUUGUAAAUUUUCAUACAAAAAGUAUUCAGUUUCAUUGUCAGACAUGUAGUUAUUCCUGUGGAGUCAAGGAAGACUUGCAGCAACACUGUCAGAAUACUAAACACCAGAUGGGAAGUUGUAGCUUUAAUUGUCGACUUUGUUCAUUUACCAGCUUGAAUGUGAUAAACUUUCAGAGCCAUAUGAGUGAAGUGCAUAAUAUGUCCCAUAGUUGUCCAACUUGUGUUCUUUUUUUUCAAACACAAGAAGAGCUGAUAAAUCAUCAAAAAGAUGAGAAACAUGAUAGUUCAUUACUUCAGCAAGCUACUCCAGUGAGUAACACUGGUCUGACCUUGCAAAUGGUAAGUUCUGCUGACUCAGUAUCAAGCAGUAGCCAAAAACUUGCAAAGGAAAUUAAAGUAUCAAUGAAAACAAAACCUCCAGACUCUUCCAUUGUAAAUCAUAAAAAUGAACUAAAACAUUCUGUUCUGAGUAAAACCCAGUUUCACUGUAAAAAGUGUUUUUAUAAGACAAGAUCUUCCACAGUUCUUACAAGGCACAUAAAACUCCGACAUGCACAGGAGUAUCACUUUCUCUGCAAAGCAUGUAAUCUUUACUCACUGAGUAAGGAAGGAAUGGAGAAGCAUAUCAAAAGAAGCAAGCACCUUGAAAAUGCUAGGAAAAAUAAUAUUGGACUGCGUUUUGAGGAAUGCAUUGAAAAGGUUUGCGUUGGGGUUGGUGGUAUUAAAACAGUGAUGGAUCCUUCUAUUUCUGGGAAUGAGAAUACAGAGUUUGAUAAAGAAAUUGUACAUGUUCCAUCCUCUACUGUAGAAAACAUAUUGAGAAAUAAGGAAUUUGUUCCAGUUGAUCAAAGAAUUGGUGAAAAUGAAUUGGUUUUAGCUAAUGCACCAAAAAGAGGGAGACCCAAAGGCACUAUUUCUAGAACGUGUACCCAUUGUGGUCUUUUGGCCUCCAGUGUUACAAAUUUGACUGUUCAUAUCAGGCGAAAGCACAGCCAUCAGUACAGCUAUUUGUGUAAGGUUUGCAAUUACUACACUGUAACCAAAGGAGAUAUGGAACGUCAUUGUGCAACCAAAAAACAUAAAAGUCGUGUGGAAAUAGAAGGACAUGGAAAACAGAACUCAGAGAUCAUUGUUAGCCCCGAAGGAGGAAAUUUUGAAUCUACAAGCAAGAAGGUUAACAGCCCCAUGCCUGCGUUGUGUGAACAUGUUGAGGACAGUAGCCAGACUUUAGAUUUGGGAAAUUCUAUUGUAGAUCAGCAAGAAAUUGAGCAAGGAAACGCCGAGGUAAAUGUUGAAAAUGCUAGUAGGUUGCCAGAUUUGGAGCAUGCUAGGAAUUCGUUAAAUAUAAAGCACACAUUUCUUGAAUCAGCAAAGGAUACCCAGGAUGGUGACCCCUGCUUCCAGAGGAGAAUGGUGGGUGCAAAUGACAACAAGUGCAUACACUGUGACUUCACUGCUCAUUCUUCCUCUUCAUUAGAGUUGCAUGUAAAACGAAAGCAUACAAAACAAUUUGAAUACUACUGCAUGGCCUGUGACUACUAUGCUGUAACUCGCAGAGAGAUGAUUAGGCAUGCGGCAACAGAGAAACAUAAAAUUAGAAGAGAAUCUCAUGUUUGUUUGUCUGUGGAGGAAGAAAACACAACACAUAUUGCUAAAGAAGGCUCAGCUCUGUCCCAAGAGGAGCACCAUCACAGUGCAGGAGAACUGAAAACUGUUUUAAGUGAAAUGAAAUGUGCCAGUGAUGCAGCAGAAAGUGAUCAUACGUGUAAAAGCUUAACAGAGUGUAUUGCCUUAGAUGAAAAUGCAUUUCCAGAAAUGCCUAAAGAAGGCAGUUCCCAAAAUACAGUGGAAAGCGUAGUUGAAGAGGAAACUAAAAAUGGAGGAGAAAAUAUUUUAUGCGAAGGAUUCCAGGGAGCUCCUCAGAAAGAUAAUGCUGGUAAGCCUGAUGAAGAGAUACCAAUUAAAGAGGCAGGUACUUAUGAAUUGCAGACAAGUGGACGUGGUCAGGAGCUGCUUAACUCAGGGGAUUGCCCAGCAGAAAAUGAAAAUAGAUCAGGUGGCACAAACUUGAAGUCGGGAAAAGGCAAGGAAAACUUGGAAGCAAAUAGAGAAAAACCUGAAGCGGACGGUAGAAACACAAACAUUAUUGAAGAAAUAUCACUGAAAGAAAAUAACCCACUUAUGCUAAGUCUUCCAGAAACAAAAAGUGCAGCAUGGCAAUCAAAUUUUGCUGGGAACAUUGGAGAGAUGGUGCAAAAUAUGCAUAGUUUAGAGGGUGACAGAAGUUUCAAAAAGAAUCCUACUGGGGAGGAGGAAGAAGCCCUUAUGGAAGCACAACAUGAAGCAGAAGUAACUAUAAAUAACAGUAUUUGGGAGGCAGAUGGCUCAACAGCUGAGGGCAUGCAAGAAAGUAGUAAUGAGGCUUUAGGAACAGUCACCAGUACUGAUGAUAAACGAAAGGCAAUGCAAAAUUUUGGCAAGUUUGAUUCUUCUAUAGUAAGAUUAAAAAGCAAUCAAGAUGGGGAGCCCAUUGACCAUUCAGGUGAAGGACAGGUGCCAGGUGGAGUGAGAACUGGUGAGUUUGCAGUGAAAGCAGAUGCUUCACCAAGUAGUGGGAAAAAGAAGAAGUCAGAAGGCGUUUCCCUUGGGGAAUUGACACGUAUUCGCUGCGAUGACUGUGGCUUUCUAGCAGAUGGUUUGAGCGGACUAAAUGUUCAUAUAGCCAUGAAACAUCCUUCAAAAGAAAAACAUUUUCAUUGUUUACUCUGUGGAAAGUCAUUUUACACAGAGAGCAACCUUCAUCAGCACUUGGCCAGUGCUGGGCACAUGCGCAAUGAGCAGGCAAGUGUGGAGGAGCUGCCUGAAGGAGGUGCAACCUUCAAAUGUGUGAAGUGCACGGAGCCCUUUGAUUCAGAGCAGAACUUGUUUCUCCAUAUCAAAGAGCAGCAUGAAGAACUUCUGCGGGAAGUGAAUAAGUACAUUGUGGAGGACACUGAACAGAUAAACAGAGAGAGGGAAGAGAACCAAGGCAACGUCUGCAAGUACUGUGGGAAGAUGUGUAGAAGUAGCAAUUCCAUGGCCUUCCUAGCUCACAUUCGUACCCAUACAGGAUCAAAGCCAUUCAAGUGCAAGAUAUGCCACUUUGCAACAGCUCAGCUCGGAGAUGCCAGAAACCAUGUCAAGAGGCACCUUGGGAUGAGGGAAUACAAGUGUCAUGUCUGUGGGGUAGCUUUUGUGAUGAAGAAGCAUUUGAAUACUCAUUUACUGGGCAAGCAUGGAGUUGGGACACCCAAAGAAAGGAAAUUCACGUGUCACCUGUGUGACAGAAGCUUCACGGAGAAGUGGGCGCUGAACAACCACAUGAAGCUGCACACCGGGGAGAAGCCAUUUAAGUGCACCUGGCCCACCUGCCACUACUCCUUCCUCACGGCUUCGGCGAUGAAGGACCACAUUAGGACUCACACAGGCGAGAAGUCAUUCCUCUGUGACCUUUGUGGCUUUGCCGGCGGGACGCGUCAUGCCCUCACCAAGCAUCGGAGGCAACACACAGGAGAGAAACCAUUCAAAUGUGAUGAGUGCAACUUUGCUUCUACAACACAAUCACAUCUGACACGGCAUAAGCGUGUCCAUACUGGAGAAAAGCCUUACAGAUGUCCCUGGUGUGACUACAGAUCUAACUGUGCUGAAAACAUCCGUAAGCACAUUUUGCAUACAGGAAAGCAUGAGGGAGUGAAAAUGUAUAACUGUCCUAAAUGUGACUAUGGAACCAAUAUCCCCGUAGAGUUCCGUAACCACUUGAAAGAACUGCACCCAGAUAUUGAAAAUCCUGAUCUGGCGUACCUACAUGCUGGCAUUGUAUCCAAGUCUUAUGAAUGCCGACUGAAGGGGCAAGGAGCAACCUUUGUGGAAACUGCCAGUCCUUUUACUGCAGCAGCACUGGGAGAGGUUUCUCCAGUUAAAGAGAAGGUCUUUCGAGGCAGCAGGAGACAGCAACCAUCGCCUGAACAAGUUCAGCAAGUUAUUAUUAUUCAAGGAUACGAUGGUGACUUUGCGUUUGAUGUCUCUGCAGAAGAAACAGCAGCGGCGACCCUUCAGACUCUGGCAAUGGCUGGUCAGAUGGCCAGGGUAGUCCACAUUACUGAAGAUGGGCAGGUCAUAGCUACAGAUCAGAACAGCUCAGAUGUGAGUAGUAUGGUUCCAGGGCAGAUACUUACUGAGCAGCUGGCCGAUGGUGCAACACAGGUGGUAGUGGUUGAAGGCUCGGUAACAGGAACUGAUAUGGAGGAGGCUGUUCCUAUAGAUGCAGUUCCUGACUCCAGUGGUGCUGUACUGCAACAGAUAAUGCAACAGGAAGUUUUGGAGUCUUCUGAAGCUACAGUACAUCCUCCAGACUCCUCUUCAGCACUAGAUGCCUUGCUUUGUGCUGUAACAGAGCUGGGUGAAGUGGAAAACAAAUCUGGACUCCCUGACAGAAGCAGGUCUGGUCACAAAGAUUUCUUGCAAAUGCCAAACCCAGAGGUGCCCAGUGUUCCCAGUGAUGCGGGGAGACAAGAAAUACAAAUGUUCCAUGAAGUUCAAGAGACUCAGGAAGAUACCAAACCUAUGGAAGUAGUGACGCAGGUCAUGCACCCAUCGGCUAUAAUUGCAUCUCAGGAGAGAGCUCAGGCUGCCUUCAAGAAAAUGGUCCAAGGAGUAUUACAUUUUGCUGUAUGUGAUACAGCUGCAGCCGAUCAGCUGAUAAAAGAAGGUGUCACUCAGGUCAUUGUAAAUGAGGAGGGGACUGUGCAUAUGGUAGCUGGAGAAGGCUCUCAGAUAAUUAUGCAGGAAGCUGGUAGCCAUGCACUCAGCGUCCAAAGCGAACACAUGGAUUUAGUUGAUUCAGAUGGGGAGAUAUCGCAGAUUAUUGUGACGGAAGAAAUAGCUCAAGCCAUGGUUCAAGGUUCUGAUGGCAACUUCUCAGAAGGUGCGACCCACUACAUUGUCACAGAAUUGCAACCAGACGUGCAGAGUGAGCCCGGUGUGUACUCGCACGCUGUGAUAGAGACGGCCGGGUCUCAGGAGAUUUUACAGGCUGGUACCGCCGUGAAACCUGAAUCCCCUGAUAGAGCAGGAGAACAGUUAACAAGCAUGGUCAUUUAUACAGAGGGUGGCUCACGAGUCAUUGAGGGCCAGAGAGAUGAUAACGAAGUACAAGAAGCAUGAAGAGCUUUAUCUCCUGGGCUUGAUGCAGAACAAAGCUGGAAACAACCAGAUCCUGGAACUUCUUCUGUAAAACCUUCUGCACGCGGUAUCUUCCUAGGCAGGUAACAAAUAUGCACCCUGUGGGAGGUGAAGGUCAGCGACUAGGAAGAGUUCAAUGAAAAGUAUAGUCUUGUCACAGUAGCUCUGAGAAUUAUGACACGGGAUUAUUUUAAAGCGAACGUAUUAGUACACAGAAGAGGAUAGAAAUGCACCCCCGCCCCUCACAACUAGGGAUUGUUCUGUUCACUGCUUUGGUUUGUUUUUCAGAUGGUUUUUUUUAUCUCAGGGUAAGUCCCUGCCUUCUGUCUUUUUUGCCUAACAUAAUUGUAGGAGUAAAAUAUUUUCACACGUGUGUACAUUUUAUAAAGGUAAAUAAGCAAAAAAUACCAAAAAGUGCAUCAUUACAACAACAUUACAAGGGGAUCGAGUAAGCUUACAUACUGAAAUUGGUGCCCUUCUUCAUUUCGGAGAACAGGUGACAUUCUCUUUCUAGAAUCCUACUUUCAAAUAUCCCUGGUGAAAAGGAUGUCAUCAAAAUAAGUAUUUUCUGCAUCUAGAAUGAAAUUGUUAAUAGUAGCUUACUGUUUCCUGGUAUCACAUAGAACUUUUCCUAAGAGCUCAAAAUACAAUGUUUCAGAAAAUUGUAGAUUAUACACGUUCAGAAAACAAGCAUUUGAUGCCUCUAUCUUCCACUUAAAUUUAGCUGUGAGUCCUACAUAGAAAAUGUGCAGUUUUUGAAAAAAUAUUCUCACUGUCAAUGUUUUGCUGCUCUUAUAAAUUGUGCUUCCUAUAAAUACCAUUUCACAGUUCAUUUUGUGAGCUACUUUUGAAACGUUCUGGGGGUUUUUAAAGGAAAUUCUGACAUUGACAUUAACAAGUAGGAAAAAAAAAAAGGUGACCUUGUAUUUCUUGCAUAGUCUGGAAUGUCAAUUAUUCUGUGGUGGAUAUACUGCAAUUGUUCAAUGCAAGUUCAUGUUGAGAAGAUUUGUUUCAUGAUACAACUGCUUUUGUUUCUUAAAAAAAAAAACUAACAAAAUUGUAAAAUAUAAACUGGCAAGUUUUUUGCUUUUGCUUUGUUUUGUUUUUGCUUUUGUUUUGUUAUUUUGUCUUUCAAAUAAAAUGUUAGCAUUCAAAUAGA